UGAGCUCACCCCCAGACCGCUCGGGACUGGGGUCGGAGGCGUCAACAGCCAAGGGGCCUGAGGAGCAGCUGCUGAGGGGAGGAGGGUGGCCCUGGAGCCAGUGCAGGGCGAGCCGGCAAAGUCCCAGGUUACCCCCUUCUCCCUUUUCUGCUCCGUUUUCUCCUUAGUGCUGUCCUUUUUCACCCUGUAUUGGCCUGUCUCCUCCCACUGGCACUCCAGCGGGGACGUUUGCAUGCCCGAGGUUGGGCUUUGGUGACCAGAAGGAGCUGGAGCCAGGAGACGGCGCUGGAACCCAUGGACACGUCGUAUCCCCGCGAGGACCCCCGGGCCCCGACGCCCCGCAAGGCCGACGGUGCCCACACGGCCCUCACGCUGGGGGCGCCGCGACCCCCACCUCGAGACCACCUGAUCUGGUCGGUGUUCAGCACCCUCUACCUGAACCUGUGCUGCCUUGGCUUCCUGGCGCUGGCUUACUCCAUCAAGGCCCGAGAUCAGAAGGUGGCUGGAGACCUGGAGGCAGCCCGGCGUCUCGGCUCCAAAGCCAAGUGCUACAACAUCCUGGCCACCAUGUGGGCAUUAGUGCCACCUCUGCUGCUCCUGGCGCUGGUGGUGACCGGCGCCCUGCACCUGUCCCGGCUGGCAAAGGGCUCCGCCGCCUUCUUCAGCACCAAGUUCGACGACUCAGACUAUGACUGACAGGCUAGGCCCUGUCCCCGUCCUGACCCAGGGAGCCCUUGGGACUCCGACUGUCUUACAGGAACCCCCCUGCCAAGCCUGGACACCUAACGCUGACCCUGAAGAGCCCCCAUUUGGACCCCAGUGGCCCUACCCUAACCUACUCCCCAGUUCCUUAACUUCUGGCCCUUAGUCCAGACCCUCCCUCCCCACUCCCACUUACCAGGCUCAGCCUCAGUUUCACAAUUAAAAGCGUCUGGUUCCAGAAA